CUCGUGUUGAAUGAUUUGAAGGCACCAAAUUGAAAUCAUGUUAUCAGUAUAGCAGUUAAUUGCCUUGUUGUAAAAUACAAUCAUGUUAUCUAUUCAUGGCCAAUGUUAUUAUUAACAUUCUUUUUAAUUGUAUUUAUUUGUAGGUUUUGUGGUUAAGCAUCAAGAAUCUAAAUUGAAGGGAGAACACGAUUUUUUCCAAGUCUUGAGCUAGAGGUAUAUAUAAUUUUUCUAUCUUUUAAUUAAUUAUUAAUAAACAUGUUAGAGGAGUUUGAAUAUCUUAAAUAUUCAUCCGUAGUGAAGUAGGUUCUGCGAAUACAUGUACUGCGGUCGGAUGGGUGGAAUUUAAUUUUUUUUGUUGUGGAUUGUUAUAUGUUUUGAUUUUCUGGUUAAUUUUUUUCGGGAACGUCCGAUUUAUAGUUGUUAUGCUGCCGAAAUUUCGGUAGAAUUUGGAUUAAUAUUUUGAUUUAAGUUAUUUUAAAUUUACUUGUUAGGAAUUUGUUUUAAAUUUGCGGUAUGGAUAAAUCGUGGAUGCUUGAGAGGAGAGAAACACCGCAAUUUCUAGAUGGGUUCAACAAAUUUCUAGAGUUUGCCCUAAAAAAUUCUAGUAAUCACGAACGAAUUCCCUGUCCGUGUGUAGAUUGUUGUAACGGAACAAAAGGGAAUAUUACGAUGAUAAAGGAUCACGUAAUUUGUCGGGGUUUCAAUAGAAGCUACACUACAUGGUAUUGGCACGGAGAGCGAUCAACCAGUGACCCAUAUCCGUUAGGGAAGCGGGGGGUAGAUGAUUUCGAGUUUAAUGAUGUUGAUGACUUUCCUAUGGAAUUGCUUGAUGAAGCACAAGAGGAGUUUCUUGAUGAUCCUGAAAAAUUAGACAAUUUGGUUAGUGAUGCAGAAAAACCCUUGUUUGAUGGUUGUAAAAAAUUAAGAUUACCAACAUUGGUAAAAUUUUACAACAUUAAAGCUGAAAAUGGGGUGAGCGAUAAGGGUUUUAGUCAGUUCUUAGCUGCUUUUAAAGAAAUUUUGCCUGUUGAUAAUUAUUUUCCGGUGUCGACAUAUGAAGUGAAAAAAACUUUAAAUGCGAUAGGAUUGAAGUAUGAAAAGAUCCAUGCAUGUCCGAACGAUUGUAUUUUGUAUCGGAAGGAAUAUGCAGACAUGGAUAGUUGCCCAACUUGUGGUUUACCCCGCCACAAAACGAAUAAGAGUGAGGAGAAAAGGAAACUUAUUCCUCAAAAAGUGAUGUGGUACUUGCCUUUGAUUCCUCGUCUCAAACGAUUAUAUCGUAGCUCGGAGCACUCUGCAAACUUGAUAUGGCAUGAUACUAAGAGAGUGAGAGACGGUAAACUUAGGCAUCCUGCAGAUUCGCAAGCAUGGAAAAAAGUAGAUUACUUGAAUCCAGAAUUCAAGUUAGAACCCAGACAUCUUCGUCUUGGUCUAUCUGCAGAUGGAGUAAACCCACAUAGAUCACUGAGUAGUAGGCAUAGUUCGUGGCCUGUCUUCCUUGUUAUGUACAAUCUUCCUCCUUGGUUGGUGAUGAAAAGAAAAUUUAAUAUGCUUUCGCUCAUGAUCUCAGGACCAAACCAACCGGGGCAUAAUAUAGACGUAUACUUGGCACCAUUAAUUGAUGAUCUAAAAGAUUUGUAUGAGAAUGGUGUUGAGACAUAUGAUGGUCUUAAGAAAGAAAUUUUCAAAUUGAAGGCCGUGUUAUUGUGGACUGUUAGUGACUUCCCUGCUUAUAGCAAUUUAUCGGGUCUGAGCACAAAAGGUUACCAAGGUUGUCCAAUUUGCUGCACUAACACACGAGCACGUCGCUUGACGAAUGGACACAAAAUGUGUUAUAUGGGCCAUAGACGGUACUUGCCUCGAGAUCAUCCUGAUAGAAGGAAAAAGAAAGCAUAUGAUGGUACUGAAGAACGAGAUAGUGCUCCUUUGCCAAUGUCAGGGGAACAAAUUCUUGAACAAGUAGAACAUGUAGAUUUCAAGUAUGGAAAGACACAAAAAAGAAAGAAAACAAAUAGUUGUUUUCAACGAAAGUCAAUUUUUUUUCGUCUUCCAUACUGGAAAGAUCUAAUGGUUCGACAUUGUUUAGAUGUUAUGCAUAUAGAAAAAAAUGUGUGUGACAGUAUCAUCGGUACCUUACUUGAUAUUCCCGGCAAAACUAAAGAUGGUUUAUCAAGUCGUUUAGAUCUUGUUGAAAUGGGAAUUAGACAAUCUUUGGCACCUGAACAGAAAGGUAAACGCUUAUAUUUGCCUCCUGCAUGUUACACUUUGUCAAAGAAAGAGAAAGAAAUUGUUUGCAAAUCAUUAUCGAAUAUGAAAGUCCCUGAUGGAUACUCUUCUAACAUUAAAAACUUGGUAAAUACGGAUGAAUUGAAGCUAAUGGGUAUGAAAUCACACGAUUGUCAUGCGUUAAUGCAACAUUUGCUUCCAAUCGCCAUCAGAUCGGUCUUACCCAAAAAGGUUAGAGAGUGUUUGACUCAUGUUUGUAUUUUCUUCAAUCAACUAUGUGGGAAGGAAUUAGAAAUGAGCAAGUUGGAUGCAUUACAUGAGGAUAUAGUCAAGACUUUAUGCAACCUUGAAAGGUAUUUUCCACCAUCAUUCUUUGACAUCAUGGUACAUUUGAUGGUUCAUUUAGUGAGAGAAGCAAAGUUGUGUGGGCCAGUUUGGGCAAGAUGGAUGUAUCCAUUUGAAAGGAAUAUGAAAGUGCUCAAAAGCUAUGUGCGUAACCAUCAUCGACCGGAAGCUAGUAUGGUUGAGUGUUAUAUAUCAGAAGAAGCUGUUGAAUUUUGUUCAGAGUACAUAGCUGGAGUUGACACAAUCGGAAUCACCAAACCAAGAAAUAGUUCAGAUGAGUUUGAUAAAGGAUUGCGAGGGAAAGGAGAAAUGGUUACUGUAUCUAAGGCAGAGUUAGAUCAAGCUCAAUUAGUUUUAAUGCACAAUAAUGCAGAGGUUCAACCAUAUAUAACUGAGCAUAUGGAGUUAUUACAGUCAAUGAUUCCGAGAGGUCACAAAAACAAACAGAAGUGGGUUAUAGAUGAGCAUCGUAAAACAUUUAUUAGGUGGUUAAAGAAUACCAUUCUAGCGAAGUUACGACAACCAAAUCAUGGAGUAUCAGAUGUAUUGAAUCGCAUAGCUCUUGGACCAACUUUUGACGUAUGGAAGCAUCAAGCUUACAUUGUCAAUGGUAAACGGUUUCAUACAAAAUCUAGAGAUGAUGCUCGAAUGGUUCAGAAUAGUGGUGUAUGCAUAGUUGCGGAGUCCUUACAUUUUGCUACUUCAAAGGAUAAUAAUCCAGUUUCAGGUACCAUGACAUAUUAUGGAGUGGUGAAUGAAAUAUGGGAGCUGGAUUAUACAUUGUUCCGAAUUGCCCUCUUUAAAUGUGAAUGGGUAGAUGUUAAUGUUGGAAUUAGGACCGACGAGCUUGGAUUUACUUUGGUUGAUUUGAAUAAGAAAGGAAGCAAGGAUGAUCCUUUCAUCAUGGCGACCCAAGCAGUACAGGUAUUUUAUAUACCAGAUCCUGCUAAUGGUAAAUGGUCUGUUGUGUUGUCGACACCAGAAAGAAAGUUCGCAGAGAAUGAAGAUGAUGAUGAAAAUGAUGAUUUAAUGCACGAAUGCUUCAUUGUUGGACAACGAGUCCAUGAACAAGUCGAUGAUGUUGAACAUGAUGAUGUCUUGGACGAUAGUGAAUUCAUACGAAAUGAUAUUGAGGAAGGAAUUUGGGUUGAUUGUGAUUCGAUCCAAAAGAAACGAAAAAAGAAAAGAAAAUGUGUUUAG